UGGGGCUGCAGCUGGAGACUGCGGAGCGUUGGAAAUGACGCUUGGAGCUUUAAUUACCGCAGCCGCCGGACAAGUGUGAGGAAAGCUGACAGGAAAAAGGACUGGAUAAGGGGAGAAGAAGCAAGACGCUUCCCCCCUCCCCACUUUCUUCCCAAUUUGGACUGGAGGUGCUAGGAAACUAAAAAGGGAGCCGAACACAGCCCGAUCGGGGCGAGAGGCCGGAAAUCUACCGCCCCUUUGCAAUCAACUUUUUUUGGAAACCUUUUUACCCCCUUCUUUUUUAUUGUUGCCCGACCAGUGAGACAGAGAAAGUGAGCAGGGAAGGAGAGAGAGAAGGAUCACACAGGGAAAUAGCUGCACAGUCCGGCCAGGAGCUCCACGCUCACACACUCGGGCACCGUUUCACACGCGCACACACGCGCGCGCACACACGCGCACACUACCCCGUUCUCCGGUCCCUGGACCUGGACCCACGAUCGCGGACUCGGUCGCCCGCGCUCGGAGUCGGUGAACCGCGCGCGCGACGCGCCAGUCCCCCUUGCGCCCCCCACGCGCGCCUGGCUGACGGAUCUCUUCUGCGUGCCCGAAAGGGGAUAUGCCAUUUGGACAUGUAACUGUCAGCACGGGAUCUGAGACUUCCAAAAAAUGAAGCUGGCGACAGGACUGUGCGUCUGGGUGAGCCUUCUGGUGGCGGCGGGGACUGUCCAGCCCAGCGCUUCUCAGUCAGUGUGUGCGGGAACAGAGAAUAAGCUGAGCUCUCUCUCUGACCUGGAGCAGCAGUAUCGAGCCUUGCGCAAAUACUAUGAGAACUGUGAGGUGGUCAUGGGCAACUUGGAGAUAACCAGCAUUGAGCACAACCGCGACCUCUCCUUUCUGCGGUCUAUUCGAGAAGUCACAGGCUACGUGUUAGUGGCUCUUAAUCAGUUCCGUUAUCUGCCUCUGGAGAAUUUACGCAUUAUUCGUGGGACAAAACUUUAUGAAGAUCGAUAUGCCUUGGCAAUAUUUUUAAACUACAGAAAAGAUGGCAACUUUGGACUUCAGGAACUUGGACUGAAGAACUUGACAGAAAUCCUAAAUGGUGGAGUCUAUGUAGACCAGAACAAAUUUCUUUGUUACGCAGACACAAUUCAUUGGCAAGAUAUUGUUCGGAAUCCGUGGCCUUCCAACUUGACUCUGGUGUCAACAAAUGGUAGCUCAGGAUGUGGACGUUGCCAUAAGUCCUGCACUGGCCGGUGCUGGGGACCCACAGAAAAUCAUUGCCAGACCUUGACAAGGACGGUGUGUGCCGAACAAUGUGAUGGCAGGUGCUACGGACCCUAUGUCAGUGACUGUUGUCAUCGGGAGUGUGCGGGAGGCUGCUCAGGACCUAAAGACACGGACUGCUUUGCCUGCAUGAAUUUCAAUGACAGUGGAGCUUGUGUCACUCAGUGUCCCCAAACUUUUGUCUACAAUCCAACCACCUUCCAGCUGGAGCAUAACUUCAAUGCAAAGUACACUUAUGGAGCGUUUUGUGUCAAGAAAUGCCCUCAUAACUUUGUGGUCGAUUCCAGUUCUUGUGUGCGGGCCUGCCCUAGUUCCAAGAUGGAAGUAGAAGAGAAUGGGAUUAAAAUGUGUAAACCUUGUACUGAUAUUUGUCCAAAAGCUUGUGACGGCAUUGGCACGGGGUCACUGAUGUCAGCUCAGACUGUGGAUUCCAGCAACAUUGACAAGUUCAUAAACUGCACCAAAAUCAAUGGGAAUUUGAUCUUUCUUGUCACUGGUAUUCAUGGGGACCCUUACAAUGCAAUUGAAGCCAUAGACCCAGAGAAACUGAAUGUCUUUCGGACAGUUCGAGAGAUAACAGGUUUCUUGAACAUACAAUCAUGGCCCCCAAACAUGACUGACUUCAGCGUUUUCUCUAACCUGGUGACCAUCGGUGGAAGAGUACUCUAUAGUGGCCUCUCCUUGCUUAUCCUCAAGCAACAAGGCAUCACUUCACUGCAGUUCCAGUCUCUGAAAGAAAUCAGUGCAGGAAACAUCUAUAUUACUGACAACAGCAACUUGUGUUACUAUCAUACCAUCAACUGGACAACGCUCUUCAGCACUAUCAACCAAAGAAUAGUGAUUCGGGACAAUAGGAAAGCUGAAAACUGUACUGCUGAAGGAAUGGUGUGCAACCAUCUGUGUUCAAGCGAUGGCUGUUGGGGACCUGGGCCAGACCAGUGCCUGUCCUGCCGUCGCUUCAGCAGGGGCAGGACCUGCAUAGAAUCCUGUAACCUCUAUGAUGGCGAAUUUCGGGAGUUUGCGAACGGCUCCAUCUGUGUGGAGUGUGACCCCCAGUGUGAGAAGAUGGAAGACGGCAUCCUCACGUGCCAUGGGCCGGGACCUGACAACUGUACAAAGUGCUCGCAUUUUAAGGAUGGCCCGAACUGCGUGGAAAAAUGCCCAGAUGGCUUACAGGGGGCAAACAGUUUCAUAUUCAAGUACGCCGACCAGGAUCGGGAGUGCCACCCAUGCCACCCGAACUGCACACAAGGGUGCAUAGGCUCAAGUAUUGAAGACUGCAUCGGCCUGAUGGAUAGGUGUAGCGGUCCCACUAGUCAUGACUGCAUUUACUACCCUUGGACGGGCCAUUCCACUUUACCACAACAUGCUAGAACUCCUCUAAUUGCAGCAGGAGUCAUUGGAGGGCUCUUCAUCCUGGUCAUUGUGGGUCUAACAUUUGCAGUUUAUGUGAGAAGAAAGAGCAUCAAAAAGAAAAGAGCCUUGAGAAGAUUCCUGGAGACAGAGUUGGUAGAACCCUUAACUCCCAGUGGCACAGCACCCAAUCAAGCUCAACUUCGUAUUUUGAAAGAAACUGAGCUCAAAAGAGUAAAAGUACUUGGCUCAGGUGCUUUUGGAACCGUGUAUAAAGGUAUUUGGGUGCCUGAAGGAGAAACAGUGAAGAUUCCUGUGGCUAUAAAGAUUCUUAAUGAAACGACUGGUCCUAAAGCCAACGUGGAGUUCAUGGAUGAAGCUCUAAUCAUGGCAAGUAUGGACCAUCCACACUUAGUCCGGUUAUUGGGUGUGUGUCUGAGCCCAACCAUUCAGCUGGUUACACAGCUUAUGCCCCAUGGCUGCCUGUUGGACUACGUUCAUGAACAUAAGGAUAACAUUGGAUCACAGCUGCUGCUUAACUGGUGCGUCCAGAUAGCUAAGGGAAUGAUGUAUCUGGAAGAAAGACGGCUUGUUCAUCGCGAUUUGGCAGCACGUAAUGUCUUAGUGAAAUCUCCAAACCAUGUGAAAAUUACUGAUUUUGGACUAGCUAGACUCUUGGAAGGCGAUGAAAAAGAGUAUAAUGCUGAUGGAGGAAAGAUGCCAAUUAAAUGGAUGGCUCUGGAGUGUAUACACUAUAGGAAAUUCACCCAUCAGAGUGAUGUUUGGAGCUAUGGAGUUACUAUAUGGGAACUGAUGACCUUUGGAGGGAAACCCUACGAUGGAAUUCCAACUCGAGAAAUCCCUGAUUUAUUAGAGAAAGGAGAACGUUUGCCUCAGCCUCCUAUCUGCACUAUCGACGUUUACAUGGUCAUGGUCAAAUGUUGGAUGAUUGAUGCUGACAGUAGACCUAAGUUUAAGGAACUGGCUGCUGAAUUUUCCAGGAUGGCUCGAGACCCUCAACGAUAUUUAGUUAUUCAGGGUGAUGAUCGUAUGAAGCUUCCCAGUCCCAACGACAGCAAGUUCUUUCAGAAUCUCUUGGAUGAAGAAGAUUUAGAAGAUAUGAUGGAUGCGGAGGAAUACCUGGUCCCUCAGGCUUUCAACAUCCCACCCCCAAUCUACACUUCCAGAGCAAGAAUUGACUCGAAUAGGAGUGAAAUUGGACACAGCCCUCCUCCCGCCUACACCCCCAUGUCAGGAAACCAGUUUGUGUACCGAGAUGGGGGUUUUGCUGCGGAACAGGGAGUGCCUGCCCCCUACAGAGCCACGACCAGCACCAUCCCAGAAGCCCCAGUUGCUCAGGGGGCCACUGCUGAGAUGUUCGAUGACACCUGUUGCAAUGGCACCCUACGCAAGCCAGUGCCACCUCAUGUCCAAGAAGAUAGCAGCACCCAGAGGUACAGUGCUGACCCCACAGUGUUUGCCUCAGAGCGGAGCCCACGAGGAGAACUGGAUGAAGAAGGUUACAUGACCCCUAUGCGAGACAAGCCCAAACAAGAAUAUCUGAACCCUGUAGAGGAGAACCCUUUUGUUUCUCGGAGAAAAAACGGAGACCUUCAAGCUUUGGAUAAUCCUGAAUAUCACAACGCUUCCACCGGUCCACCCAAGGCAGAGGAUGAGUAUGUGAAUGAGCCACUGUACCUCAACACGUUUGCCAACGCCUUGGGGAACACUGAGUACCUGAAGAACAACGUACUGUCUGUGCCAGAGAAGGCCAAGAAAGCAUUCGACAACCCCGACUACUGGAACCACAGCCUGCCGCCUCGGAGCACUCUUCAGCACCCAGACUACCUGCAGGAGUACAGCACAAAAUAUUUUUAUAAACAAAAUGGACGGAUCCGGCCUAUCGUGGCAGAGAAUCCCGAAUACCUCUCUGAGUUCUCGCUGAAGCCAGGCACUGUGCUGCCUCCUCCGCCCUACAGACACCGAAAUACUGUGGUGUAAACUCAACAGUGGUUUUAAGGUGGAAAGACAUGCCCGUUCCAAUUUCCCCGCCACCUCUCUUUCGCUCUCGGUCUUCCUUCUACUCCCAAGGCCAGUAGUUUUGAACCUUCCCAGGGGAAGAUAUAGAGAUACAAUGGUAGUUAUGUGCUUAUGUAACUUGAACACUAGAAGGAACGACUGAAAGAGAAAGACAGGAAAAACCACACUGUUUCUUCAUUUCUCUAUAUGUGUUGGUCAGGAAAUAGGAACAGCUAGAGAAGGACCAGCAACUAGAAGGCAGUACUGCCUGCUGUCAAACUAGUUCUUAACUUUGUUUCUCUUUCUUUUUUUAAUUUCUAUUUUUUUUAAAUGCAAAAU